GUGCCUUUCAUUUCCGUGACGAUAGUAAAUCACUGGCGGUAACUGUAAACAGAAGUUCAGCGGCUACUAAACAAACUCAGUCAUCACUCCAGGCAUGGAGGCUAACGGUCUAACGGCUAGCGUGGCUUCAGGAGAGCAUGAGGCCGAAAGUCUGACCCAGGAGGAAGAAAACCUGAAGAUAGCUUUAGCAAGCAUGACAGUGGAAGACCUGCUGCGAGAUCAGGAUGUGCAGACGGACAACAACAGGGACGAGCUCGGCGUCAACACAGACCUGGACUGGGAGAGUCAGGUGGCUGCUAUGUUGGAGUACAGCUCCACCCUGACGGAGGAAUACGAGAGUCUGAGGAAGAAGCAGGACGAGGAGGAGCAAGCAAAGGAGAAACACAAACAACAACUGCAGAAGAAGAAGGAGGAGGCUACUCGCCAGCACCAGGCUCUUCUGGACAAGCUAGAGUCUCUUCGGGUGAAGCUGCAGCUGAACAACUCAAAAGCCACAAGGAAAAACUUCUUAGCAAAGAAACAGGAAAUGACCUCAGAGAAGACCAGAGCAGAGGAGGAGAGAAACAGGUUGGCCAAAGAGCUGGAGGAGAGCGAGUCGAAGCUGAGUGCUCUCACAGAGGAGCAGAGCGAGGAGCAUCGCAGGUGGCAGGAGGAACUGGAGGAGCUGAGGGAGGAGAUGGAGCGAGUGAGGAAGGAGGCGCAGGAGUCCGAGCUGCAGGCGCUAAAGGACGAGAUCGCUGCUGUGGAGAAGCAGAGAAUCGUCGCCAUGGAGCACAUUGACUCCUGGUUCAAAGAGGUGGGACAGUACCUGAGCAUUCUCCGAGUGGAGUUCCCACAGCAGUACACCCAUGAGAAGCAGAAGUGGGAGAAGAAUGAGGGCAUGGUGCAGAAGAACAAGAUGGAGCUGCAGAGUCGUUUUCAGGAGGUUCUGCAGCAGCUGAAGCAGGGUCGAGAGUUGGAGUCUCUGCCCAGGAUCAGCGUGCCGUCUCUGCCACAGGUUCCCAUGGCCGAACUGAGAUUCCGCCAGGUCAUGCAGCCUCUGUUCCGCCCUCAGUUCAGACCCCCGCCUCCUCCACACCACAUGAACCGACCCCUUCCUCCUCAGAGACACCCACACUUCCACCCCCCGCCCCCUCACCACUACCCCCUGUACCGCCACCGUUUCCACCACCCACCACCUCCACAUCACUUCCAACCACCAUUCCCACCUCAGCACCAUCCUCCACCGCCGCUCCAGCCCCACAUCAGAGCUCCAAUGAGGGUGACUCCUCCCCCCAGUAUUUCUCCAUCUCCACCUGUUCAGCCUGUCUCUCCUUCUCCUCCUCCUCCCUCUGCUGCUGCUGUUCCAGCUCAACCCUCCGCUUCUGCUGGCAAAUUAGACAAAGUCCUGGAGAAGCUCGGGACUCGUUUCCCACAAUGCAACAGAGCUCAGCUGACGUCGUUGCUGCAGCAGGUGAAGAUCUCCCGCGGCACACUUGCCGGUAUGUCCAUGGAGGAGGUGACUGAGCAGGUCGGCAUUAAGUUGGCCCAGGGCGAGAGGCCGGCUCCUGGUCCAAUCAGCCGCCCCACUCCUCCCGGCCCCAUCCAAAGACCGUCAUCCUCCCCUCAGAGGGCCGCCACAGGAGGAGGAGGAGGAGGAGGAGGAGGAGGAGGUCAGAGCGUCGGGCCCCGUAAACUCUGCCUUAUGUGUCAGAACCACGUGGAUCCAGAGAGCCGCCAUCCACUCAGCUGUUCCCACGUCAUCCACAGAGACUGCAUUCGAGUGUGGCUGCAGUCCAGCAAGAACAACUCCUGCCCCUUCUGCCAGGCCAAGUGAUGGAGGAUCACGAGAAUGGACAAUAUUUCAGAUCAGUGCCAUUCAGCUAAAAAUGAGUCUGAUUUAAGAGCUACAUGCCUCUUUUUUACAAAGAAGUUAAGGAUCAUAACCGAUAACAGAGGUUUCAGUUCAUAAUCAAACAGUCGAAGAAGUUCCAGUUCAUAACAGGUCAAAGAAAGAAGAGUUUAGUCCUGAAAAUAAAGUGAAUGAUCAUUAGAAAACAAAAGGAAAACUCAAAGGCACUUUGUUUUAAACAAUUGGCAUGCCUUUAUUUUUACUACAUGAAGCCUUCGUACUGCAAAAACUCGCAUUUUAGCGAGUGCACUUGUCAGAUUCCUAGUCAAAAUAAUCUCAGUAGUUUUAUUUAAAGCCACACUCACCAGAUAAAUUCCAUGAAACAUCUUAUUACAAAAAGACAAAAAGAAGAUGUAAUUGAUUGUAAAACAAAUAUCAAUGCAGCAAGCAAAAGUCACAGGUUAAACCAUGUCCAUCUUUGCAACAACAAAAAAACUCAAGCUGAUUGAACGAAUGAUCUGUCAAAUGUAUCAGAGCAACCAAACACAACGAAGUAGGCGUGCAUUGCAGCCGAGGAGUUAACUACGUAACCAGAGCUCUACAGGCAGACACUGCCAUCUCCAUCCAGGAUUGUUCACUCUCAGUGGAGCCAGUUAGUAGAUUAAUCUCAUGCUGAAGCCGGUCAGGAGAAGAGCAAACACAUCUUUAACAUCUUUGUGUCUGGUUCUUUGCUCUUCUUUGAUAAAGAAAUGUCCAGUUCUGGUCAGACUGCUGCUGUAGCUGCAUCCAUGCUGAUCUCUUCACCUGCUGCCGUUGUUUACAGGUUUGGAGUCCUUUAAACUAAGCAUCACCCAAAGCUACCACCUCAUUCUCCUCAAAUGACACAGGCUGGUCCGAUCUUUCUCUGACAGGAACAAGACUAUCAGCCUAAAGCUGAUAGGAACACCUAAUGACAGACAUGAAAUCUGGAUAGUCCAUUGGCUUUGUGAGGUUGGAGUUGUCUGUUUUUAACAUUGCAGUCUUUGAUAGAUUGUCCAGAUCCCAUGUCUGUAAUCAGGCAAAUCAGUCUUACAAAGCUCUAAUCUGCAAUGAUUGUGCCAGGCCUGAAAACAAACCUGGCACAAUCAUUGUUGUCUGAGGAGAAUGUGCAGUAGUUACAGGUGAGAUUCAGCUGUAGUUGUAGCUACAGUAUAGCAGUAGUUUUAUCAGAAUUGGACCACUUUACUUUAGGAAAUAAAAAGCAUAAAGGUCAGUCAUUUUUUGUUUGUAACAUCUUGAAAAUUUUGGAUUUAGUUUAAAAUGACAAAAAAUAAUGUAGUGCGAUAUUAUUGACGUGAAAUUAGAGAAGUAUACUAACUUUUAUUUGAGUUUUUGAAGUGAGAUAGGAAAAAAACCUCCUGAUGAAGGCUUGAUGUAGAAAUGCCUCAAGGUCUUCAGGACUAUAAUGUUGAAAUAAAGGCAUAUGAUACUUUUGAAAGAGAGUGCCUGGGGUUUUAAUUUUUUUCUUAAAUGCUUGUCUGUCAGCUGAUAGAGCCGCUCUAAUCUACACUUCCUUGAGUCCAGGCAGACAGAACAAAUAAAACAUUGAAGAUUUUUUUUGUUUUAUUCUUCUUGUUUGAUUUCAGAUGGCUGUUUGGCUGUAUAUUUGUUAUUUUCAUUAAAUUUUCAUUUACUUUGUUU